CUGCACUCGUUCCGGUCUGGACUAUCGGGUUGGAUGGCACGAGCAAGAGAUCGAUUGCGUUGGCAGCAAAUCCAAUCACAAAGGAGAAACUCCGGGCUAGGCGACCACUUUCUGGCUCUCUUGAAGAAUCUUGGCAUCACAUCCUUCUAUAAUACCUGCUGCAAGAUACGUGGCAUUGAAGUCACGGAGAGACCCAAGGUUUUCAUGUAUAGGAGCAAAACGCUUGCAUCCAUCCGCUGUGUCCUGCACGUUGUUCCUGUUGGCGCUGCAUUUGGGCUUUUAAUCCUGAACUCGGCAGGUUACUACAUCGGGGGUGAAUUGUCCGGCGCGUCCGGUCAAGAUACGGAAAAGCUGGCUGCGCUAACAUUCGCAGCUAAGCUGCAUGAACUUCUGAUGUUGGCUUCACUUGGAUCAAUACUGAUUACUUACAUCCGCAGAGAACUUGCGUUUGGGGAAGGCCUUCCGUUUGGCGCUAUAUUUACCUCGUUGCAGUUUCAGGAUAUCAGUUUCCUCUGGUCUCUCAGCAUGUGGGGGUCAAUCCAGCAUGACUGGCAACGAAGGAGCACCAAAUGGUUUAUCCUCUCUCUGAUGGUCAUUUGCACCCUUCUCGGGUUGACUGCGGGACCAUCUACGAGUAACUUGAUGAAGCCCCGUCUGGGUGACUGGCCGGCAGGUGGCACGCAAUUCUGGAUUGAUUGCACCGAGGACGUCCUCUUUCCCCGAACAAUGGAGAACUCAUCAUCACUAUCGCAUUGUGCCCUUGACAACAGCGACCUCGCUUGCCCGGCUGGAAAUUGGCAGAUCCUCAACCAGGACUAUUAUUCGUUCUUCCCGAGGCUCGUCGACGCCGGUAGUGUUCCUCAAAACAUCACCGUCUCUGGUCCGGCUUCAAUACGGACAUUUGGAAUGAGGUCUCGCAAUAUCUUUGACAGCCACGAGAUGAUGUGGGGGAAUGCUUACACCAUUGCGACUACCCCGCUUUCCGUGGUCGCAGAUAGCGUUGCGGAAUUGGGUAGGCUAUGGUCGUAUGCUGCUGCCAACAUCGACGUUGGCCGAUUCAAAUUCAGAAACGAUGCGCUCUUUAUGGUCAACUCGCUGCAGCCGGUGGUGCUCACAUUUUGCGGUCAAACCUUUUACGACUUUUCUGAUAAUAUAACUCUGUCCUUCCCCGCGUUGGGUACUGCGUCUCUUUCCGGCGGGCCGGGCACGGCGGACACAAGUCAGGCAUCAAUCAACCUAUAUGACGGCUAUUCGAACGAGGCCAUUCAGGAUAGUGUGGUAUCGCUUCUGCAGGAGAGCAGUGCUCCUUCCGUUCUUUGGGUUGACGACCCUGACCUACUACAACCUCUCGAUGCUACUCUGGCUGCAAUCCUCACGCUACCUGGCACAGAUAGUAGCAGACCGCAAUACUUUACUUGCAGUGUCGACAGCAGGUUUACCAACGUCACUCUUAUAUCUACUCGAAACGCAAUCAAGAUCGUUGCCGGCCAGCCUGUGGACAUGGACAAAAAUGGGACAUUCCAUGCAGAUUGGCCGCGGGUUGCGCUUACAGCGGACUGGGCGAGGUAUCUGACACCGGUCAUUCCUGGCACGAAUGAAACGAUCCUAUCACCUAUCACCUCAAUGGCAGGCAUCUUCAAUAGUCCCAUUCCUUCGGCCUCGUACUAUCACGAUAUCAUAGUGGAGAACAUCCUCGCGACGCUGGUCACCAAUGGCAUCGGCCGGUCUGCGUACAAUCACAGUAUUAUCAUGGAUCUGAAAGGUGCCGUGGAUCCAAACGACCUGUGGCGUGGGGGCGAUUGGAUAUACGACAUUAUUCCCAAAGAUGGGAAAAUGGGCAAAGGACGGAAUGCUUUCAAUAUAUCCGCCGCUCUACGCAACCGAUCUACCGACUUGGUCAUGACAGCCUAUGUGAACGGCUACGCGUACAGCGCGGCCGGGAUCACCUCAGUACUGGAGAUGAUCGUGCUUGCUGUGUAUAUAGCAGUAGCUAUUGCUCAUGUCUGCUAUUCGGUCUACAGCGGACUGUCCUCGAGCAGCUGGGGUUCCGCGCCCGAAAUAGCAGUGCUUGCGUGGAACUCAGUACCCACGGAGAGAAUGGCCAAUACGGGCGCUGGUAUAUCGACUGUCGACAUAUAUAAGAAUAAUAUUCGAGUCAUGCACCGAGGCAACAAACUGGAGAUUGUGACUCGGGGUAAUGAGAAGCCAGAGAAAAGGACCCAUCUAUUCCAACAGGGAACAAACUCUGAUCGCCUACGAACCGACACCGAUUUUAACUUGGAUUCAACACAUGGGCAAAUGGAUCCGGUUGAAGAAAACCAGGUUUAUUCUUGAUUUGCGAGCGCUGGGCAACUGAAUCUAGUGUAUAUUGACGCUGCCAGUCAGCAACCACAACCAUAAAUACCCAAUCAUCCUACCAGUAUCCAAUACCCCAACCUUAAUGAUCCUUAUACAGAUAGACAGAUAGAUCGAUCUACAUAUUGUACAACCAACC